AUGGUUGCGACGCCUCAGUUAACGAGCCUGGCCGCAAGAAACUGCGCGCCGCUGCCAGCUGGCAUGGAGCCAUUGGCGGAGCCAGGAGCCCGGGAGCUGCUCAAGCGGGUCGUUGGCUGGAAGCUAGUACCUGAACCCUCGGGGCUGCGGCUAAGGGGCGAGUGGCGAGUGCGGGACGAGGAGAGCGGGGGGGAGCUGAUGCGGCGGAUGGGGGCCGUGGUGGAGGGGCAGCAGGAGCAGUGCGGGGGAGGGCAGCAGGCGGACAUGAGUGUGCAGCAAGGCUACGUCCGGAUGGGGGCCGUGGUGGAGGCGCAGCAGGAGCAGUGCGGAGGGGCGCAGCAGGCGGACAUGAGCGUGCAGCAGGGCUACGUUGUGAGGGUUGACCUGCACACUCCUGCCAUGGGUGGCUUGAGUGAGAAUGACAUCAUAAUUGCAGCCAAGAGGGAUCUAAUGGAGAAUGACUUUAUUAUUGCAGCCAAGAUGGAUCUAGUGAAGGUCAGCGACCUCAUCAAGAAGGCUCGCUUCUGGGCUUAG